AUGUUAAAUACAAUCCAGACGUUGCUUCAAGCGGAUAACCAAGAUGUCAGUCCUAUAAAUGUCAUGUCAUUGAUGUCACUGAACACGACAAACCCAGCAGCCGACCCCAUGGACGCGGGGGUGAGUACACCCCAGGGCGUUCACGUGAGCACGCCCACCAGCACACAGCUGUCCGGACUCAUGAGCACUGACCUCCAGGAACUGCUCAAUCUCAUCACCUUCAUCGUCAUCCAAGCCGUCAUCUUGUUCCCGGGGAUCUUCCUCAACGCCCUCAACAUUUACGUCUUCCUGAGGGUGGGGCUGGGGGACACGGUGGCCGUCUCCUUCUUCGCCCUCUCCCUGACGGACAUGGGCUGUCUGAUCAUCGCCGCCUACAACUGGCUGUGCUACACACUGUACCGCCUGCCCGGGGGGUGGUCCGUGGACAUGUUCUCCCUCAUGUACCUGGGGGUGUGGUACUUCCAGGCCGUCUACGAUGUGUCAAUGCUCAUCACCACCUACACGGCCGUCCAAAAAUGCUGCUGCAUCACCUCCCCGCUGCACUUCAAAUCCGUCUUCACAAAAACCAGAACGAAAAUCAUCAUCACAAUCUUCUGGGCCUUCUGCAUCGCCUCGUACGCGCCGCUUCUAGCGACUCAGGGCCUGCAGAAGACAUUCAACUCCAAAACCAACUCCUCCAUCUACACCAUCUGGUUCGCCGCCAACAGAGAGGAGAUCGUCGGCGCCAACGACAUCAUCGUCCGCAUCAUCCUACAGAACGCUUGUGAGGCUAUCGUCAUCACUUGCCUUUUUAUUCUCAUCUACAGUCUACGCCGGCAGUCCCAGUUCCGCCACUCCGCCUCCGUUCAAAGCUUCAGCUCCGGCUCCCAGUUCAGCAGCCGGGACGCCCUGAACAAGAUUUCGGCCAAGGAACUGCAGGUUAUCAAGUCCGUGACGCUCGUGUCCACCAUCUUCGUCACGUGCAACUUCCCGCGCAUCGUGCUGUCGGUCGCCCGGACCGUGGUGCCAGAGAUGGACACUUUCAGGCGGUACCACAACAUCCACCUGACCCUGCAGAUGAUCCGCCGCGUCAUCGAGGUGUCGGGGGCCAGUGGCAACUUCAUCAUUUACUACAGGUUCAACACCAGGUUCAAGGACGUUGUUUCUAGUAUCUUCACCUAG